UCUUGGUAGGCCCAUUUCUGGACUAUUGGAUGACAAGCAAGAGAGUUGACGCUUAUGACUACACCCCAGUUGCUGUGAUGUUUAUUAUUCUAUCAUGCACCAUUGCUGUGGGGACUAAUCUCAGCCAGUUCAUCUGCAUCGGUAGAUUUACUGCUGUUUCUUUCCAAGUAAUUGGCCAUAUGAAGACUAUCCUUGUCUUGAUCAUGGGCUUCCUCUUCUUUGGGAAGGAGGGUCUCAAUCUCCAAGUAGUCAUCGGCAUGAUCAUAGCUGUAGUUGGAAUGAUCUCGGUAUGGCAAUGCGUCAUCUAAGCCUGGGGGAAGGAG